CUGUCAUUGGGCGAACUGACCGACGUGGAGACGCGGAACCGCUGCGACCAAAGGUUUAAAAUGAGUUGACAUUAGCAGAAGACGGGCUUAGAGUCAACUUUCUGCCGCUUUAUGCUGAUUGGGAAGUUUAUUAUAAGAAGAUGUCCCAUUUCCCGUUCGCUCCUACAGAAUGUGCUCCAUCGUCCCCCGUCAUGUGAUCUGGCAGUCAGACGGGCUGGUGGCCUACCUCCACCCCUGCCCUUGGACCCCUGGCUCUGUCAUCCUGGAGCGCAGCACGCCUGACAGCCCAGGAGGAAGCAUAUUCCACCUGCAGGAAGCAGAGCUUUUAUCGUGGCUUUGGGGUGCGAGAACAGUUGCAGAGCUGCUGUGUGACAGGUUGGGGGUCCGGAGGUGUGCUCUGGUCAGCAGACCCCACAGAGACCGACCCACACAGAUCCAAGUCCUCCCGCUUCAUGGCUUAGAUGCAGAGUGGCGCCCACACCUUGCAAGCGAAGAAGAGCAUAAUACCCAUGACCCGGGUUACUGCACCUCCAAGACGGCUCCCAAGUGGAGUGAGUCCAACCUGACUGAAAUACAGAACAAGAUUCGAGCCAGACUCCCUGCACCCAAUGCCCCUCCUAACCUGACUUUCCUUGGGGAUGACCCAGCUCACCCUGGCCUCUUCUCACGCAUAGUCCGUGGUGAAGAGCAGCAAUGGCGGGUGUGGGAGGACGAAGGUCAUGUGGCCUUCCUCACGCCUUUUCCCAACACUCCUGGCUUUACUGUACUGGUCCCACGGCGACCUUUGACCUCUGACAUCUUUAAAUUAGAAAAAGGGGACUAUGAAAGCCUAGUGCUGGCGACUCGGAAGGUGUCCCAGCUUCUUGAGAAGGGUUUGGGUGCCUGGGCUGUGGGGCUUAUAUUUGAGGGUUUUGAGAUUGAUUAUGCUCAUGCCAAGUUGAUACCGCUCAUUCUGCCUUCAUCUACACUUUUAGCUGGCACUAAGAAACAACAAUUUAAUCAGUUUCACACCACUUACCCAGGAUAUGUGACCUCAGAAGACGGACCUGAAGCCAGUUUGGAAAAUCUACAGGAGAUUCACAACAAAAUUACUGGGCUUUAAAAUUAACAGCUAACGUUUGAGCUGCAUCAGAUUUAUGCUCUUCCUUAGAAAUGACUGACCAUAAUAUUGAAAUAAAACCUAAAAAAAAAUUCUGCUCAUGUCUUGUACCAGAGAAACUGUGUCGCAUCAUAACAAGUGAUUUCACUUUACAUAUUAAUGAUUUAUUCUUAUGAGAAUCAGUGGUGUGUGUGUUAUAAAUUAUUUUUGAUCGUUGAUCUGUAAAAUGAGCGUUUCAUUUCAUUAAAAGCUACCAAUAACACAA